AUGGAGGAUGCGCAGGAGAUGCUCGACAAUAUAGCUCCCCACUACAAGGCUCCACACACGUGGGCCUUCGAUAAGGAGCAAUACGUGCACGGCGCACGACAAGAGGAGGAGUUCUGUCAGGGCAUGGGCGUCACGCAAGAGCAGCUCGCGGCAUUGACGAAGGAGCGAAAGCGAAAGCGGCUGGAGGUAAUUCAGGUCUUCCACGAUGCUGCGCCCUUUAUGGAGCAGCAGAAACAUCGUGGAGACAUGAGCCGGAGAAGAAGAGGCGAAGAAGCAUGGCUGAUGUUGCGCUAA